AUGCAAUACUACAUGUUCUACGAAGGGUAUCUCCUGAGAGUUAGCUUUCCUCUCGCCGUGGUCUUCAUUGUGUUUGGUAUUUAUACAGUUGUGGGAAAUGUGCUCGUCUGCUGUGUAUAUUUUAUUGACCCGUUCAAAAAUCUGCGGACCUUGUCGUUUUAUUACGUGGCGAAUUUAGCAUUAGCUGACAUCUUAGUCGGUGUAGUUGUGGAACCUCUCAAUGUGUCUGUUUAUUGGACGGGGAGUGAGCCUGCCUUGUUUGCCUUCUAUAUCUUUGCAGUGUUAUCAUGUAUUAGCUCCAUUCUUAACAUUUCCGCCAUGAUGAUAGACCGUUACAUUGCAGUUAGCCAAGCGUUUCGCUAUCGUGUUUUGGUGACGGAGAAGCGCGUGCGUCUUUCCGUCGUCUUUUUGUGGCUUUAUUCGUUCCACUUUUCGCUGUUAGCGCUGCUGGGCUGGCGCCAAGAAAGCUUCCAGAUUUAUUUGUACUGUUGUGGAGUUCUCCUUCCAUCUGCCAUAAUGCUCUUGUCCUAUUUCGGCUUGAUUCGAAUUCUCUGGAAGAAAAGUGCCAAGCUUCGGAGAUUUUCGUCUCGUUGUCAAAGAACCGCGCAGGCGAAAAAAAUGGUAGAAAAAGAACGACGAGUUUCAACAACAGUCCUUGUUAUGUUGCUGGUUUUUCUCACUGCGUGGUUCCCAUUCGUAGUGGUUGAUUUUAUUUUGGUAUUUUGUGCGCAUUGUCGAUCACAAAAUCUUCUACUAGCGAGGGACAUUACUUUAUCCUUGGGGUUUUUCUCCUCUGGACUUAACCCCCUGCUGUAUGCCUGGAGAGUCCGCCGAUUUAAACAGGGACUUUUUAAGAUCAUAAAGUUCCGAAGGGAUAGUGUUAACUUAAGGUCACCGCGACGCCCGUCCAAGGUGGGACCGUUUGUUUCAAACUUCUCUUUGGCCGUGGUAGAGUUGAAUCCUAUAUCACCUCUCGACUUAGCGAAUGACGCUCCUUGUGAUCGACGUCCGACAUCUACAAGGACAAGAAGUACUUCUCGUUCGUAA